AUGCACGGUAUGAUGCAGAAGCGUGACACCAACCUAGAACUGACAGGUCAACCGACAAUCUCAGACCCAUGGUACCUAUUCUGCAAAGGAGUUCAGAGCGGUGAUUUGGAGUUCAUGCUGAAAUAUCACGGAGGAACUACAAAUGAAGAUGAAGAAGCUGAUCAAGUCCUACAUGCUUUAAGCUGCUCAGAAAACCCUGAAGAACUCAAAAGGUACCUUGACUGGUCGAUUUCUGACAAAUCUAUGAUAAUACCUCAGUUCUGUAUUGAUGCUUUUAACCAUGUUGUGAAAACCAGAAUUGGUUAUUCUGUCGCUUAUGAGUUUUUCUUCAGGAACUUCAAAGAGAUUUAUGAACAUGCUGGUCGAGGGGUUGGUAUCCUCAACAUGUACAUGGCUUCCCUAAUUGACCAAGUUACUUCUGAGGAGGAAUUAGAAAAGUUGAAGGUCGAUAUCAAGAAAGUCGAAGCAGCAGUCGAGAGGUUGAAUGAUGUUGAUGAGGAUCUAGAGGACAGUUUCAGUGAAGCUCGGACUAGAUUUGAUUGGCUGAAAAAGCAUUACCCACCUUUGAUUGAAGCAAUCAAAGAGCAGUCUAAUCUUUAAUAUAAAAGGUUUAUCUCAAUGUGCACUUU